AUGAGGAAAGAAUAUCGGCUUCGUUCCAAGCGGCUAGCUUCCUUUCGUGAAUAUAGCAUUACAGUCUCAUCUGCGCGCUCAAAAAAGACGAAAAUCGUAAAUGCAGCAUGGCCCCACCCUCCCACCUCCAAACUCACCCCAGAGUCAUUGGCAGACGCCGGUUUUUUCUUUAACCCUGAUGACGAUGCACCGGAUAAGACCGAAUGCUUUAUCUGUGGACUAUCUCUUGCUAACUGGGAAGAAGAUGACGAGCCUCGAACUGAACAUCUGAAACGCAGCAACUCCUGCACAUGGACUGAGGCGCAGACUCGGUGCUGGUUUUUAUUCCCUGACGCGAACGUUCUCUAUGGUCUAUCUGCCAGCUGGCGCUUCAACUCUGAUGACCGAGUUCCUACACAUCCUGCUCGGAUCAAGGCUCGCCUAGAAACUUUUGCCUCGUGGCCUCACGAUAAAAAGAAGGGCCAUAAUUGCACCUCAGAAGCGCUUGCACAGGCCGGAUUCGUCCAUGUCCCAGACGUGGGUGAUGGGGAGGACAUGGUAGUCUGUGACUAUUGCAAUCGUUCAUUAAAUGGAUGGGGCCAGAUGAUAUCCCGAUGUUUGUGA